AUGGAAAAAAACAAGAUGGCCGCAGAGUCUAUUACAAGAUGGAGAGUAGAGGCUGCAUUACCCGAGCAGCGGCUGUGUACCUUUCUGGAGGUCGGUGUUGACCUGAAUACCACAUGCUGGCAACAAUCCGAUGACAGACAGCGCAAUCUCUCCGUUCCCCCUGACCACCGGGUAACACCAGAGGGUGACAGCUCACCACUCAAGCUGAAACAAUUCGGCUCAUUAACAGGAGCACUGUCCACACAAUCCGAGGUUUCACCUUCCACAAGCCGCACUGGGUCUGUAGGGACUUUAUCGGGACACUGA